AUGAGUUCACUGGCAGCAUCAUAUCGUCACGCAAAACUUGGCGAUUUUGCACAGAAUCCACCUGUACUGCACAAUCCAUUCGAUGAUGAUCCUAUGCUGAAACGGACGCUCAAGAGGAUCCUCCUUGACCAUGACUACCAAAAUGUCGAAAAAGAUCUGAGCCGAUUUGGUGAACGCAUUGUAAAGGAAAUUGACUUUCUCGGCAGGAAAUGUGAGCUAAAUCAGCCGAAGUUGGAGCCAUUCGAUGCAUGGGGUAGAAGGGUGGACCAGUUGAUUGUUUGCCCUGAAUGGUACCGUCUCAAGGAGAUUUGUGCUGAAGAGGGAUUGAUUUGUGAGUUCAGGAACGAUUUCGCUCGUGUCGAAAAAGAUCUGAGCCGAUUCGGUGAACGCAUUGUGAAGGAAAUUGACUGUCUCGGCAGGAAAUGUGAGCUGAAUCAGCCGAAGUUGGAGCCAUUCGAUGCAUGGGGUAGAAGGGUAGACCAGUUGAUUGUUUGCCCUGAAUGGUACCGUCUCAAGGAAAUUUGUGCAGAAGAAGGAUUGAUUUCCAUUGGUUAUAAGAAGGACGUUCAACCGUUUGUGAGACGUAUUCAUCAGUUCGCGAAAAUUUACCUAUUUUCGCCAUCCGCUGGCUUGACCACAUGCCCAAUGGCAAUGACUGAUGGAGCUGUUAAGACCUUGAAGGCCCUUGGGCUUGAAGGGAAACAUGACUUGGCGGCAGAGUCAAUCGCUCGUCUGUGUUCUAUCGAUGGGAAGAAAGCUUGGACUUCGGGACAAUGGAUGACAGAGAAAAGAGGUGGAAGCGAUGUGGCUGGCGGGUGCGAUACAUAUGCUGAGCAUGUCGAUGGAAACACGUUCCGCCUUUAUGGAUACAAAUGGUUCAGCUCCGCUAUAGAUGCCGAUGUCGCCUUAACAUUGGCACGCAUUGUCGACAAAGAUGGCAACGCACAGAAAGGCUCACGCGGUCUUUCACUGUUUUUGCUGAAAAUUCGAAAUAAUGAUGGCCAACUGAAUGGGAUUCAGAUGAUGCGUCUAAAGAAUAAAUUGGGAACUAAACAGUUACCAACUGCUGAGCUACUGUUAGACGGCACUCUCGCCCAUUGCAUUGGUGAACCCGGGAGAGGCGUUGCCAACAUUGCCAAUAUGUUGAACAUAACAAGAAUUCAUAAUGCAGUGGCCUCCGUAUCUGGAAUGAGGAGAAUGCUGUCCUUGGCUCGUGAUUACUCCACGCGGCGUGAGGUAUUUGGUCAAACACAGGAGAACUGGCCACUUCACACUGCUACUCUCGCAAAAAUGGAAGUUGAAACAAGGGGCUGUUUCCUUUUGCUCAUGGAAGCUGCGCAGCUUCUCGGCAUGUCUGUGAGUUUGUACCCAUAA